AUGCACCUACGAAUUCCGCGUGACUGCGAGGACUGCGAUGAGGAGGAGGACUGCGACAGCCCCUGCGCCGACGACCAGCCCGAGCACACAGCCGCCACCUGCGGGACCGAUGAGUGCGGCGAUUAUCUGGCGUCCGUCACGGACGAGGACCUGUCGACGGCGGUCGAAAUUGGCUUCCCGAGCUGCGUCAACAAUACCGUCUUGUCUGGCGCGGCAGCUUACGGCAACAUGGGCACGGCGUACCUCAACCUGUACUACCGGUCUGUCGCCCGAGAGUGCGAGUUGUCCGACCGCCUCGCCCUCUCGACAGACAUCGACUACACCACCUGCAUGGGCGCCUACAGCUUGUUCACCGAGCUCGAGGCUUGGUGUCCGCGUGACUGCGAGAACUGCGAUGAGGAGGAGGACUGCGACAACCCCUGCGCCGACGACCAGCCCGAGCACACAGCCGCCACCUGCGGGACCGAUGAGUGCGGCGAUUAUCUGGCGUCCGUCACGGACGAGGACCUGUCGACGGCGGUCGAAAUUGGCUUCCCGAGCUGCGUCAACAAUACCGUCUUGUCUGGCGCGGCAGCUUACGGCAACAUGGGCACGGCGUACCUCAACCUGUACUACCGGUCUGUCGCCCGAGAGUGCGAGUUGUACGACCGCCUCGCCCUCUCGACAGACAUCGACUACACCACCUGCAUGGGCGCCUACAGCUUGUUCACCGAGCUCGAGGCUUGGUGUCCGCGUGACUGCGAGAACUGCGAUGAGGAGGAGGACUGCGACAACCCCUGCGCCGACGACCAGCCCGAGCACACAGCCGCCACCUGCGGGACCGAUGAGUGCGGCGAUUAUCUGGCGUCCGUCACGGACGAGGACCUGUCGACGGCGGUCGAAGUUGGCUUCCCGAGCUGCGUCAACAAUACCGUCUUGUCUGGCGCGGCAGCUUACGGCAACAUGGGCACGGCGUACCUCAACCUGUACUACCGGUCUGUCGCCCGAGAGUGCGAGUUGUACGACCGCCUCGCCCUCUCGACAGACAUCGACUACACCACCUGCAUGGGCGCCUACAGCUUGUUCACCGAGCUCGAGGCUUGGUGUCCGCGUGACUGCGAGAACUGCGAUGAGGAGGAGGACUGCGACAACCCCUGCGCCGACGACCAGCCCGAGCACACAGCCGCCACCUGCGGGACCGAUGAGUGCGGCGAUUAUCUGGCGUCCGUCACGGACGAGGACCUGUCGACGGCGGUCGAAGUUGGCUUCCCGAGCUGCGUCAACAAUACCGUCUUGUCUGGCGCGGCAGCUUACGGCAACCUGUACCACCUCAACCAGUACUACGCCCGGACUGCCGGGCAGUGCGAGUUGUCCGACCGCCUCGCCCUCUCGACAGUCGGCAACAAGACGAGCCGUCGGCAACUCGACGAGCAGCUUCCGCCGGCAAGCAGGGCGGCAAAGGCGGCGAUCCAUCAAGCACGGCUUCCCGGCCUCCAAGCUCGCCUACGUGAGAUCGCUGACAAGCUGCUGAACAAGAACUGGGCAACCCUGUAG